AUGGCUGGAAAUUCGAACUCAAAACAUGAGUCCAAUCCAACUCCUGUGAACCACCUGACCAACCUUAUAGAUGGAAAUGUUACGAAGAUGGUUCAACUUCCAAGAUGGUUGGUGGUGGGAAAUGGGUCAUUGGAUCAGUUACAAUAUUGGGGACAGCCAAUCUAUGUUGCUCGAGAUAUUGGCUGUUUCCUAGCUAGCUGGUCCAAUCCACAACGAGAAAAGCACAUGAAAAGAGUUGCAAGUACGUUUGCUACAGAUGAAUUAGCUGGGUACUGGGUCCAUCUCCCACAAACAUCUGGUUUUGGGGCUGGCAAUGAUGGUGACAAGUCGCAAUGGAACCAUGCUAACUUAGUAAAAGAAACAUUGAGAGAACAAGAAUGGGACAAUCAAACUACAUCCAGGAAAUCCUCAUGA